UUGAACAGUCAAGCAGCAGGGCAGAACCGUUCCUUUAAAACCAAAGACUACUUUUUUAUUUUAUUCUCCCAAUCUCAAUUCAAAAACAGGGAGAGCUUCUUAGAAGCUUAUGACACAGUUGUGGAGAUCAAGGGGCCUGAUCAACAUUCUCGGCCGUUAGGUUUAUGUUUAUUUAUACGUUUCAAUAAAGUCUUUAGAAAGUUGGGAGUGUUUUUCUUUGGGUGUUACUGUUCUUGUAUGAGACAUAGGUUGAAACUUGGGAUUCUGGUUAUUUGAGGUGUUCUGAUUUGAAGAGUAUUGGGUUAUUAUUUUCUUCAGUAUUGUUGAUUGGAUAGUUAUUUGUGAUUUGUGAUAGUUUGUUUCAAUGGGGUUGUGGAAAGAUGAAUUUUGGUAGGCAUAUUUUUGUGGGUUUGUAUUGAUUUCAGUAGAGGAAUUGAAGGUUCUGGGUGGGUUCUUGGUUGGUUUCUAAUGGGUUGUGUCUGUGGGAAAGCUUCCCCAGCUGCCAAAGAAAGGGUAAAGGAUGAAAAGAAGAGAGAAUUGAUCAAAGGGUCGGCAGGAUCACGAGUGACACUAGCUAUUUCUUCAAAGAGAAAGGAGAGUUUCAGGAGAAAAGAGAAGGAAAAGGGCGAAGCAAGAAAAGGAUCAGUUGAUAAGAAGGGUAGUGGAUCAAGAAAAGUCAGGGAUGAUAAUUUUGAGCAGAUAAAAGAGAAAUCUGAAGUUAUUAUCAGUGGUAGUCCAGGAUAUGGUAAUGUUCCCAAUGCUGUGGAGGGGGAAUUAGUUGCUGCUGGUUGGCCUUCUUGGCUUUCUAUGGUUGCUAGUGAAGCUAUUAUUGGAUGGCUUCCCCGCAAAGCUGAUACUUUUGAGAAACUGGAUAAGAUUGGCCAAGGAACAUAUAGCAGUGUGUACAAGGCUCGUGACCUGGUGCAUAAUAAAGUUGUUGCACUAAAAAGGGUUAGGUUUGAUAAUAUGGACCCUGAAAGUGUCAAGUUUAUGGCAAGGGAGAUCCUCAUUUUACGAAGGCUUGAUCACCCAAAUGUAAUAAAAUUGGAAGGCAUGGUUACCUCUAGAACGUCUUGCAGCUUGUAUCUUGUUUUUGAGUACAUGGAACAUGAUCUCACGGGAUUGACAUCACUUCCCGGCGUUAAGUUCACUGAACCACAGGUCAAAUGUUACAUGCAACAACUUCUUAGAGGACUUGAUCAUUGCCACACUCGAGGUGUUCUACAUAGGGAUAUAAAGGGUUCGAAUCUUCUAAUUGACGAUGAGGGCACCUUGAAAAUUGCAGAUUUUGGUUUAGCAACUUGUUUUGAUCGUGAGCAAAGCGUUACAUUAACCAGCCGUGUAGUGACUCUUUGGUAUCGGCCACCAGAACUUUUACUUGGAGCAACUCACUAUGGAGUUGCGGUAGACAUGUGGAGCGCUGGUUGCAUACUUGGAGAAUUAUAUACUGGCAAGCCCAUCAUGGCCGGUAGAACCGAGGUGGAGCAAUUGCAUAAAAUUUUUAAGAUUUGUGGUUCACCGUCUGAAGAUUAUUGGAGGAAAGAAAAAUUACCUCAUUCAACGGUAUUCAAACCUUUACAGCCUUAUAGGCGGCGUAUCACAGAGGCGUUUAAGGAUCUUCCCCCUACUGCUGUGGGACUAAUGGAAACGUUACUUUCUAUAGAUCCUGCACAAAGAGGAACUGCAGCAAGUGCUUUAGAGAGUGAUCUUUUCACAACGAAGCCCUUCGCCUGUGAUGCUUCAAGUUUGCCAAAAUACCCUCCCAGCAAGGAAAUUGAUGCAAAAUUGCGUGAAGAAGAAGCUAGAAGGCAAGCAGUCCUCGAAGCUAAGAAGGGUCAGAUGAGUGAUAAGCGCUCAAGAGGAGGGUCAAAAGAGAUUAGAGGAGUUUUGGCGUCUAAUGUUAAUGCCAUGCUGACUAGGCCGAUGAAGAUGAGGCAGCACAAGCCUAAUAGCAAGAGCAUAAGCGAGCAGUUCAACCCACAAAAGGAAGCUAAAUCUGGUUUUCCUAUUGAUCCGCCACAAGCUGUAAGAGAAACUUGCAAGGAUCAUCCCGAACCUCUUUCUGAGAGGUUUUCUCAUUCCGGACCUCUAGCACCGGGGAUGCAGUGGGCAAAUUCCGGGAAGAAAUAUGAUGAUAUUUCCAUUGGAUCGAUUAGAGCCAAUUUAUCCAAAUUAACUGGUUUAGUAGCAUCAAGGUCAGCUUUGCCUGGGGAUUCUGGUGUUUCACGUAUGGAUUCAGCAAAUGAAAUUGAGGUGCCCGUGGAAUUACUCGAAGCAGCCGUGAGGAACCAGGAUGAAAAGCAUAAGCAUUACGUGCAGAACUUUGCUGGUUCCAUUGAAAGCAGAAAGUCCAGUGCCAAGGAACCUGUUCCGCACGGAUGUGGAGUUAAGGGAAACAAGGCCCAUUUUUCUGGUCCACUACUCGUUUCAUCCAACAGAGUCGAACAAUUGCUGAGAGAACAUGAUCGUCGCAUCCAGGAAGCUGCUCGACGAUCGAGGAUUGAGAAGGCGAGACUUGACAGGGCCCACGCGCAAGGAAUGCAAACAGCGGGUAAUUCUAUAUACAUCUCCAGUCUGGGGAGAAGGUAGAUUAACAUCAGUUGAUUUCUUGUGUAAAAAAUGUAGAGUAGAUAGUGAGAUCAUGUACAGUUGUUUAGGAAGGGAUGAAUAGCCAGUCACUGCAUAUCAGCAUUCUUUAGAAAAUCAUUUCCUUUUUGUCAUCUUUAUGAAUAUAAUGUGAAUUGCCAUUGUGUUCUUUUGCCCAAAAAUCUGCAGUAUUGAGCCCUCUGAAAUGGAGUUGAAGUCAGUUUGUGAGCC